AUGGCGCUGCCUACUUCAUUGUUGUGCCGUACGUUAAACUUAACGUAGUCACGUAGACCAGUCUCUCAAGAUGCAAACAUGUACUAAAAUUUCAGGGAGAGAAAUGGGUGUAUUUCCUGGAUUUGGUGGGUGGAUCAAUCAAUAUAAUCAACAACGUCCUAAGGCCGAGUCCAAGAAACUUGGGCAUGUUAGAUCUAUGCCACUGUAUGCUACGGAUCCUAAAUAUUAUGACUUAGCUGAGGUGAAGAGGCAAGUAGGACUUUGGGUAGUUCCAAAUAACAAGCAUCCAUGGUAUGAUGCUCCUGCUACGGUGAAGGUGAAAACAGAAAAAGGUGUUUGCCAUUUGAACAUAGAAUUCACAUUGGGAUGGCCUCCUCAAGGAGUAUACGAGAUGCUCACUAAUCCAAGAAACGUCUUUUUCUUUCGUAGAUUCGACAAGCAAUUUCGCCAACGUCUGGACAACAAAUCAACAAAGGUUUUGAAGAAGGAUGGACCGAGGCAGAUCACUGAAGUGGAAAAGACUUUGAGAUGGAAGCUCCUUCGGUGGUCUGGAGCUAUCCCGAUACAUCUAAUCAUCGAUGAAAACCAUCAAAAUCUUACGGCAAAAUAUAAGAAGGAGGAAAUGAUGUACAUGAAAGUGUUUGAGGGUAGCUGGAAAGUGGAGCCACUAUACGCAGAUCAGGAACGCUUGUGCAAGUCUAGAUCACGGACUAGUGAAGAAGAGUACAGAAAAUGUAGCGGCGGACAAGGAAGGAUAGGGUCAAAGGUGACAGUGGAGCAGAUCUUUCAGCCUUCUUCUCUUCUUAACAUGCCACCGGUUUCUUGGUUCAUGCGGUUGAUCACCAUCAGAACCACCAAGGCAUUGCUCGAAGAUCUAAGACAAUAUGUUAUCGACAUCCACAAAAGUUCAGACUCGGUAUGA